AUGGCGACAGUUGAUAAUUUAUUGAAAAGGAAUGUGCCUAUCUCAAACUCUGAAUCAAGGUGUGCUCUGUGUCAAAUGCAGCUCGAAGAUGCCAAUCAUAUUUUUCUCUCCUGCAUUAUGUCUGCUGGAAUCUGGAACGAACUCCUCAGGUGGCUCGGCAAGCAGUCAGCUCUUCACUCAAAUGCAAUUGUCCAUAGCUCGGCUUUCACAAAUAUUGGUAACAAAAAAGAUGGUCAGUUUCUUGCGGGUGUGUGGAUGUGUACUGUGUGGUGUAUCUGGAAAGGGAGGAACGAAGUUCGUUUCAACCAUGGAAAAUGGGCUCAAGAUAAAAUGGUGGCUGAGAUUAAAUCAAGACUUUGGAGUUGGAAGCAGGCAUACAAUCUGAGAAUCCCAACCGAAGACUUUAGAGCUUGGUUUGCCGCAGCAAAUCUGGAGGAGAGUGGAGCAGAGAGAAAUUGA